AUGGAUUUGUUUGACGAGCCAGAUCCCUGGCGUUCUGGCGCUACAAAGUCCAAUGUACACGAAUACUCCAGCGAAUGGGUUUCAGCUACUGCGAAAUUGCCAAAGUCUUCAGAGUUGGACACAAAUAUUCCUCGAGUUUCCUUGAGUGAGCUUGAUAAUCGCAAUCAAGGAUUUUUGACAGAGUCUGCAGAUGCGUUGGAACAUAGCAUUUGGAAUGAUGCCAUGAUCAAAAAAGAUAAGAAAGAGCAACCUUUUAAGGACAUCGUUGGUAAUAUAACCGCAGUAGGAGCACCUGGUAUACUUGAAGACUUGGAAGAAGCAGAUAAAAAAUUGGUGACGGACAGUGAGGGAGAGACAUCAGAAGAUCUCAAUGAUUGGUUGAAUUCCGUCAAGAAAACAUUUAAACCAUUAAGCAUGGACAUUGUCACCGUCGAAGAACUGCCAGACAAAGAGGGAAUUCUUUUCAAGCACACCAACUAUCAGGUUAAACACUUGGUCGAUUUACCCAAUACCGAAACGUCAAAGGAUCGUACCGUGAUAAGGCGGUAUUCGGAUUUCGUUUGGUUGCAAGAUGUUCUACUUAGACGGUAUCCAUUUAGGCUCAUCCCAGAUCUACCACCAAAGAAGAUAGGUUCACAGAAUAAUGAUAAAACAUUUUUGGAGCGAAGAAGGCAAGGCCUUACCAGAUUCAUCAACCUAGUUAUGAAACAUCCCGUGUUGUGCAAUGAUGAUCUUGUAUUAACUUUUCUCACUGUUCCCGCAGACCUUUCAGGAUGGAGAAAACAAGCUAGCUAUGACACAUCUGAAGAGUUUAGUGAUAAGAAAAUCACCAGUAAUUUCAUGAGAAUAUGGAGGAAAGAAUUGUCUGAUCAAUGGAAUGAAGCAGAUGCUUCAAUCGAGAAGACAGUGGAGACGUGGAUGCGAAUUACCAUUGUUUUGGAAAGAUAUCAAAGGCGAAUUAGGCAAAUCGCGCAUGAGCGGUCGUUGCUAUCGUCAUUUGUUGAAGAUUUUUCUCAAAAUGUUAAUAAGUUGUAUCCUGUUGAACAAAGUAGUACAAUUGUUGAUAUUCAUAGCCAUUUCGGGGACAUAAAAAAGCACCUAGGAACAACUUGUGAUCUCAUUAAUAAAGAAGCAACAGACACUUCAGAGGAGUUGAUCCCAAAGUUUAGGAUAUUUAUAGAUAUUCUUCUUUCUUUGAGAGGACUCUUCGAGCGGUAUAAAAUAAUGGCUACAAAUAAUGUACCUCUUUUACAAAGACGGGUCGAGAUUAAUACAGAGAAGCUGAAAUCCAUGAGGGAUAAGGCCGAUGCCAGUGGAGUAGAGUAUGAUAGAAUCACGGUUGCCAUUCAAAGAGAUAAAAAGAGUAUUAAUGAAGAGCUCAAUAGAGCCUGGUUAAUUCGAGAAUGUAUAUUGGAGGAGUUCGCGAUUUUCCAAGCUACUCAAUUUUUGAUUUCCAGAGCAUUUCAACAGUGGUCAAAACUUAAUGCCAAUUAUUUGGGUUUAAAUUUGAAUGAAUGGGAAAAUUUGACUGAAAAGUUGACUGAAAUGCCCACAUCUUUCGAAUAA